AUGAGGAGGACACUAAAGAGGAAUUUGAAUCAUCAACGUUGCCCCAACUCUUGUCUGUAUUUUCUAGCAGAGGAUACAGACUCUGAACAUGGCAGUGAUAAGAUGAAGUACUAUCUAGAUGUACAAAGGAGAGAAGACGGUUUUGAUUUAUCAGGUCCAUGUCAUCCUAGAGAAGAUCCAAUUCCAUUGAGAGCUGGUCCAACACUGGACUAUGAUGGGAUCCAUGACAGGAGCUUAAAACACUAUUUCCACAGUCCUAAAAUUAGAAGACAGUUACAAAACAUGUACACUGUAAAGGACCAAGACUCCAGGGAAGGUACUGUGAGGAACUUUAUGGAUCAGACCAUGGCAUCUGUAGACUACAGACUCAAGCCUGGACCAAUCUCACCAUAUGCUUUGCCACAGACUGUACCACCACAACCUCCUCCUCAUAGACCACACGCUACAAUGUCAGUUGAUCAGUACAUGAAGACAAAGAGGGGUGCUAAAAGAAGGAAAAUCCCUCCAAAUGUUGUUGGAAGACCAAGAAGAAUUGCCAGACGAUCUCCUCCCCAGCAUGUCAGCCGAGAUGAAAGAGAAAGACUAGUUGACAUGGCAACCAAGCUGAUUGUUGCUACGGAAACAGUUGCUUUACCUGCCACCAAGAAACAAAGUAAAGGGUUUCAGGCAUCAGACAAGGAAAUACCAAGACUUAAAAGAGAGAAGCAACGUCGUGCAGCAACAGAGUCUUUCUCGUCAGAUUCUGAGACUUCUCAGAGAAUUUCAAGGCGCCCUUCUCCACCAAAGGCCAAGCCUAGAUCAGCACCACCAAGAAGACCAGAGUCAUCAUUUUUCAAGUCCUCCCCAACUGGAAGAGAUGGAAAGAAACUCACCAGGAGUGGUGUUCAUGUUGUACUGCCAGGAGGAUCACAAAGUGAUGAUGAUGAUGAGCGACUCAGAUCCCUUGUUGGACGCAUGAAUUUAGAUGGACAGGGUAGCAGUGUUAUGGUAUCACAUCACCAGCCUAAAGACUUGCGGCCUAAGAGUGCUGGCUUGCCACUGAAAUCACAGGCUGUUGGACCAGAUGAAGAAAGCUAUGAUGAUGACGAAUUUGAAAGUGUUGGAUCUCCAAAAUUAUCAUCAACACGUACACCGAGGAUGUCAUGGAUGGAGACAGAACAUGACAUGAUUGACAUGUCAACGCAGACAGUUGUCCAUUCAGGAACACAAACUGCCAAACAAACCGAUGAUGAUGAUGACCAAGUUGAACGGCAAAUCAUCUUACCUCCAAGACUGACACCAAUUGUAAGAGACAGCUCAGAGGAAGUCAAAGAAGUGAGUGUUUCUACAGUCACGGCAACACAGGGUGCCAGUACUGCAGACAUACCAACAUCUACCCCUCUUUCAGCCGAGACACAGACAAGGAACAGAGACCUAGAGCCUAAAGUACUAACAUAUGAAGUUUAUGUCCUGACGGGUGAUAAGCUUGGUGCUGGAACAAAGGCUACAGUCAAAUUAACAAUAUUUGGAGAAUACGGCAACUCAGGCGAGAGGCAGCUGCUACGAUCCAGAACACACAGGACAAAGUUUCAGAGAGGACAGGUGGAUAUCUUCGUCAUAGACUCGGUCUUUCUUGGAAAGUUAUCGAGUAUUAGAAUUGGUCACAGCGAGACAAAACUUGGUUAUGGCUGGUUCCUGGAGAAGGUGUUAAUCAAGGAGGGCACCGAGGCGACAAGAGCAUUUGAGUUCCGUUGCAGCAGAUGGUUGUCGUCACGCGAUGACGAUGGGCAGAUUAUUCGAGAUCUUCCAACCUCCGACGUUAUUCCAGCAUCACAUCUUGUUGCUGUGUUACCCAGGAUCGACGAGAGACAGGACGACGACUUUUACCGAAGUGCAAGCGAGAGCGACAGCUUUUCCAGCGGUGAAGACGAAGAUGGUGUUCCUGCACCUGAUUUAAGAGAAGUCAAAAAGAAAUCAAAAAGUAAAGCUGAUUCACUGAGGGAAAAACCUCCGAUAAGCUCCAAACGAGCCAAACCUCCCAUUCCUGUGCAAUCAGCGAACAGAGAUGAAAAUGCUUACGGUCGAUUUGUGGCGGUUAAAGCUGGAGAUCUGUUUGAUGUCAGCGAAGGAGAAGAGGAAGAGGAAGGAGAAAAUCCCGAAGGACAAGAUGAAGAAAAUGAAGACGAAAAGGAGAGGUUCUUCCAACCUGAAGAGGAGAAUGAGGAUUCUGACGAUGAGGAUGCGAAGGAGAACUCUAGGAAAAAUUCAAAAAAGCAAAGAAACAAGGGAGAUGAAAAUGCCAGCGAAAGCGAGGAAGAAGAAAAGGAAGAGGUUGGAAAGGAUGACGAGAAAAGGAGGUUAUCAAAGAAUGGUUCGGAUCAAUUGAGGCUGGUCACCACGUCUGUCUCGAAAUUCAAGAAAAAAUCCAAGAAGGAAGAUGCCAGUCCGGAGAUUGGGUUGGAAGAGGAAGAGGAGGAGCAGAGUGGAGAGAAUGAAGAAACGGAAGAGAAAGAAAAUGCUGUAAAUGAGGAAGAAGAUACGGCUGAAAAAAGAGAUGAGGAGGUAAAGGACGAAGGCGAAGACAAAGAUGAAGACGAAGACGAGCCUAGGGUCGAGUUUGCUGGUGACGCCAAACCAGAGCAUGAACGUGACCGACCCGUUUCUGCUCAAAGUGAUGAUUUUGUUGAAGGCUUCCGAGCGGGAGUUCGCGCAAAACAAGAGAAAGAAAGAGAACAACACAGACACUCUAUCAGCGAGAGUGAAAAUAUCUUGAGAAGAGGUGCAUCCAUCCACGAUGCCUCCAAAGAGGGAAAGCUUGAACGUGUGAAGGAAUUGAUAAGAGUGGUGCCGGCGAUGAAGAACAUGACAGAUGAACGCGGUUUGAACCCACUUCAUAUAGCAGCUGCUAAUGGUCGACUAGAUUGUGUUAAGUGGCUAGCGGUCAGCGGUGUAGACUUAGGCGCAGAGACUCCGACUGGCUAUACCGCCAUGCAUCUGGCAGCUAUGAAUGGUCACGUGAACUGCAUGAUGAUUCUGUCGGCCAUGGGAAGUACGUUGAGCUGCAGAACAGUGGACGAACUUACUCCCCUCCAUUUGGCCUGUAUGAGCGGGUUUGUAGAGUGUGUUAAGUGGCUGAUCGCCAACAGAGCGAAGGUGGACGUUGUUGAUAACAAUGGACGAACCCCUCUUGACAUUGCAGAAGAUUAUGGACACGAGGAGAUAGUGAAACUCCUGAAGAAAUUUCAAAACGAGCUUACAAGACAGGAUAGCACUCUCGCUCAGUUGAUGACUAGCGAACACAAGCGAAGGAAAAGUAUGGAGUCUGUAGGAAGUGACCAAGAUGGCGGUGCACCAUCCAAAGUGUCAGACAGUGGAGUCGGAGGACUGGAGAGUGGAGAGGAUAGCUGGAUCAGUGAUACUGAGGAGGACUUAACAGUAGAGGGAGGGAAGGAAAAUCGCUCUGAGUCAGCGUCAAGGAAUCGCCCGGGCUCUGGAACUGAGCGACCUACUUCAGCGUCACGUGCUCGGACAGACUCAAUGACGACGAUGGAGGACAAAAAGAAGAACUUUGAGAAACAAAAAGUUAAAAUGCAGAAAAGGAACUCGAGCUUUUUGGACAGCAUCAGGAUGGAAGUUGACAACGAGGAAGAAUUUUAAAACUCUUUAGUCUGCUUCUAUAAGUGAUAUCAAGACUCAGCUCCGAUAAGCACUUUCGCGACUUGUUGUUAGCCAACAGGAGAAAGAGAAACAAAAACAAACUGAUCCAAUAUUGAGAAUAUCAAAUCCCUUUCAGCCGGAUGUAUCACCGAGUUCGCAGAAAAAGGCGCAAAGAGUUGGUUCAAGUGGAAGGCGACACUAAAGGCCCAGAUUGAAUUUAUACAGAAAAACUUCAACUUAAUAUAUAUCUCUAUAUUUGAUAGGUGCAUUAGGCGCCAAACUGUGUAUAUUGAACAUUGUGUAGGUUACAGACUAAUAGAUACUUUAUGAUCUUGUAGGUUUUAGGAGUUUUGAAGAACAUAUUUCAUGUGAAAAAUUCGUACGCAGAGGUUUCAAAUUUCUGAUGGGAUUCUAAGAGUGCCCGUGUGUAGUGCACAGCCACUUUUAUACAUCCAACUGUGGCAAGAGGCCUACUUGUAGCGUAGGUACAUUUUUCACUAUGUACCCGUAAUAAUGCCAAGCCAGUAGCUGUGCGUGGCGUCGGUGAUUCUUCAGUCUUGGACGCCGUUUACAGUCAUAGGAAUUUUUUUCCGCUCAUAGACUCAAAGUAGUAGCUAAACGCGUUAUUCGAGUAUCGCCUAACAUACGAUUGCUCUGUUAUGCGGUUGUCUAAUUUUUCGGGGAUACGGAACAAGAUGUGUAGAUAUAAAUUUGGGGAAUGCUCCGUCACUGCAUAUCAUAUAUUACAUGUACUUGGUGAGAUGAGGCCAUGAGGCUUUCUCAUAUGUAUGUAGCGCGGUAUAAAUAAGAUUGCUCGGAAAUGCUUACUCUUCAGGAGUUACAAAUACAUUUCUUCAAAUUGCCGAGUGAUGAUCGUGCAUCGGUCUAUGUAGUCGAUUAUUUAUUAGCAACGAAUAACGUCAUCAUGUUCGUUGCAUCUAAAUUCCACAUUACAAGUAUAAUGAUUUAGGAUAGUCUCCCUAGUGCGUUGCAAUAUUUGCUUUUUGUCCAUCGAUUAGGAAAUCAUAAAUGGAAGACCUGGUUGAUCGUGAACAAGGUGUUUUAACUUUUGUAUAAUAACGAUGAAUUUUCAAAUAAAAGACUUGU